UUUGCAUAAUUUAUGAGAAAAAAAAUUAAGAAAAAUUCAUCAAAGUUAUCAGAAGUAAAUUAACGAAGGAAAAAUAGUUUAAGUCAUAAAAUUCUCAUUUAUUGGUGUUACUGAAAAUAUGAUUCGCUCAAUUCACAUCAUCUUCAUUGUUGUCCAAAUCACAGCUUUGGUUGCUAACGAUGAUGCUUCGAUGAAGGAAAGUGAUGAAAUGGUUCGUAAUGAAUUUUUAAAAAUGUUUAAAAAUUAUAAUCGAAGAAUAAGACCAAGUUAUUCAGGGGAUAAAACUGUGGUUAAUGUUGACAUGUCCAUUUUAAAAUUUGGGAAUAUAAAUGAAGUUCAAAUGACUUAUCCUGUCGAUCUGUUCUUUCGACAACAAUGGCGUGAUAAACGACUACGGCACAAUCUCUCGGAACCAAUCAUUCCUAUUCCCGGCCAAAAAACACCAACAGAUUUUAUCUGGACUCCAGACACGCAUUUUAUCAACGCACAGAAAGCGAGUAGACACAGAGUGACAGUGAGCAAUGACAAAUGGGAUAUUUAUUCAGAUGGGACUGUUUUUUGGGGAACACGGGUAUCGUUAAUAGCUAGCUGCAAAAUGGACUUUCGUAAAUAUCCAAUGGAUACUCAAGUUUGUGGAUUAUCCUUGGAAAGUUACGCGUAUCCGAGGGAGCAUUUGGUUUACCAAUGGUACAAUCGUGGUGCUGAGGUCAUAUCUAAAGAAAUGGCACAGUUCACGUUAACAAAUACUAAAAACGAAUCUGUUCAGACAUAUUAUGAGUCCAGUGGCACAUACAGUAUUCUGGAAGCUUCUUUCACAUUCAAAAGGCAAUUGGCAGGACCUAUUAUGCAGAUUUUUUUUCCCUGUAUCGCUAUUGUUUGUGUGUCUUGGAUCACCCUUUGGAUUCACAAAAAUUGUAUCUCUUCCAGAUUUGGAGUUGGCAUGACAACGUUGUUGACAAUUUGCACAAUCUGGGGAGCUGUAAAUCGUGGGUUACCAAAGGUGCAUUACGUCAAAGCAGUGGAUAUCUAUUUCAUAGUUUCUUUCUGUUUUAUCUUGUUUGUUAUAAUCGAAUUUGCGCUUGUGCUAAACUUCAAUACUGACGAGUUAAAAAAGAAAGAAGUACACUCGAAACAACAAAAUUAUAUUCAAAGGAAAAAUGUUCAAGUUCAACCGAUAAUGGAUUCAAUGCUUACUGGACUCACGAAUUUUGCAAGAAAGCGCCUUAAGAUCCCUCCUAUUAAUACAGCUCACGAGGUAAGCGAGCUUAUCGUAUUGACAGAACUGGAUAACCGAGGCAGAUAUGUGAAAUACUCAUACGCUAAGAAAAGCGAAGCGACAAAUUUAAAAAGAAAGAUCAAACGGAACAAGUUACCAACCUGGUUUUCUAUUUAUCCUGUGUACGACAAACCCUCCAAGUUGGACAUUUGCAGUCGAAUUUUGUUUCCAGUGAUGUACUUUUGUUUUAAUCUGGCUUUUUUUUUAACGUAUUUAAAGUCAGAAGACGAAGAUAUGGAAACACUUUACUAACAUUCAAGCGUAUAUGUUUAAUUUUUGUUUUAUUAUAAUUUGUAAUAUUGUUUUUUCCUCUUAUUUAUUUGCAUGAUGAAGCGCAGUUAACCACUGUAAUUUUAUUGAGACUUCGGAACAAGCACGUAAAUUAAAA